AUGGAUAUUCAUCGACAGAUUCAUUUAGUUUUAUGGAAAAAUUUUACUAUUCGACGGCGACGAUGGCCUCGAGUAAUAUUCGAAUUAAUAUGGCCUCUGUUUUUAUUUUUUAUUCUUAUGUGGGUACGAACAAGAAAUUUAACAUUGCAUUAUGAUGCUUGUCAUAAUGAUCCAAAAUAUCUUGGAUCAACAGGAUUUUUACCUGCAUUACAAAGUUAUAUUUGUCGAUAUAAUAAUACAUGUUAUAAUCAAUCGAAAACAACGGAUCAAUUCAAUGAUGCAAAAUCAUUUUGGAAUCUAAUUUUAAAUGUAACUGAUACUCUUUCGAUUAUUGUCAAUGACGAUGAAGUAUCUAGUAAUUUAAGUGAACUUUUUUCGCAAAUAAAAUCAUUAGACAUUUUAACGAAUAUUUGGAAUGGUUCUAUUUGGGCAAAUAAAAGCGUCGAUGAUUUUAAUCAAUCAAUACCAAUAAUAAUAAUUACAGAACUUUUUGCCAAUCCAAUUAAUUUAUCAAAUUUUUAUCAAUACUGGUUUAUGAAUGAAACUCAAAAUUCAUUAUCAAAUUUAGAAAUAGCAUCAAAAAUCUAUUUUGCAUUUAUACAAGGAAAUUUUUCUUUUUUCUAUCAAUCGGAAAUAAAUAUUCAACAAUCAUUUUGUAUUGAUGGAGAAUUUAAUAGAACGUUUUUAGUUAAUUCAAUACAAAUAAAUGAAACAAUAAAUUUUUUAUGUAAUAAUUUAUCAGCGAUUGAUUUAAAAAUGUUUUUAAUUAGUGUACAACAACAACUUAAUGAAAUAUUUAUUGCUGAUAUGGUACCACUUAUAAAUGACAUCAAGAUUGUUCAAACAGUACUAAAACUUCGUGAUCGUCUAGAAAUACUUAAUGUUAGCUUUCCAUUCGAAGAAAGUAAUAUUAGUAUCAGCUUCAGUUUAAAUUCAAUAUGUGGCGGUCGCAAUGAUCUUUCACAAUAUUCAAAUCAAAAUCAAUUUGCAAAAAGUGAAGAUGAACAAACUCGAAAUGCUCAAACACGUUCAACAGAUGAUGGAUUCUUAUUUGGUAUUGAUUGGGAUAGUUUAGCAAUAAACUUACUUACAUUUAACGAAUCUGAAAUGUGUGAACAAACAUAUAUAACAGGUUCUAGUAAUACAAUGGAAAUCAUAACCGUUAAUCGUUCAUGUCGUUGUGUUUUAUUUGAUCAAGUACUUAAUUCAAAUCCUAUAUUAAAACAACUUUUAAGCAUUGUACGUCCUAUUUUAUAUGGAAAAAUAUAUUAUCAUCCAUCAAAUAUUCAUUAUGAUAAUAUAAUAAAACAAAUUAAUCAAACAUUUGAAGCAUUAGAUGAACUUGUUCAUUUAUUUCGUCGAAUACGAUUAACAUUUCAACCAACAUAUGAUAUAUUUCAAUUAAUCUGUAAUAUAUUUAGUAAUUCAUCAUUUAUUUGUGACCAAUUAUCAACAUAUAAAUCAGCAAUAAAUACUCUAACCAUUUUAACAGAAUUUAUUGCUUGUACAGAACUUAAUCGUUUUAUAGCAAUGAAUAAUCAAUUAGAUAUGAUACGUGAAGGACAAACUAAAUCUGUAACAAAUAAUUUUUUAGCUGCUAUUGAAUUUAUGAAUAAAAUAACCAAUAAUGAUAGUUUACCAAAACAUAUUCAAUUUAAAAUACGUAUGACACUUGAUCACGUUGAUAAUACAUUUCGAACUGAAGAUCGAUAUUUUUCAUAUGCACCUCGUAGUAGUGCACCAUCGUCAACAAAAUAUCAUUCAUAUGUAUUUAUUUAUUUACAAAAUGCUAUUGAACGUGCUAUAAUUAGUGCACAUACGGGAAAAACUGUAUCAUAUGGUAUACAAACUCAACAAAUGCCUUAUCCAUGUUGGAUUAAUGACAAAUUUGUUAAUUCGAUUAGUCGAAUGUUACCAUUAUUAAUGGUAUUAAGUUGGAUAUUUACAGUAUCUAUGAAUGUUAAAGAUAUUGUACACGAAAAAGAAAAACGAUUAAAAGAAAUAAUGAAAAUUAUGGGUUUAAAAGAUUCUGUUCAUUGGUUUACAUGGUUUGUUUUAUGUACAACUAUUAUGAUAUUAACAGCGUUUAUACUUGUUCUACUUCUAAAAUUUGGAAAAAUUACACAAUUUUCAAAUAUUUUAAUAUUAUUUCUAUUUUUCAUUGCUUACACAUUGGCUACAAUUAAUCAAUGUUUUUUAAUAAGCGUCUUUUUCAAUCGAGCUAAUUUAGCUGCUUGUGGAGCUGGAAUCAUAUAUUUUCUUCUGUAUUUACCAUAUACUAUUUUAAUUAACUAUGAUACUCAAGUAAAAACAUGGCAAAAAACGAUUGCAUGUCUUUCAUCGACAGUUGCUUUUGGACUUGGUUGUGAUUAUAUCGCUCGAUUUGAAGGUAUGGCUAAAGGUAUUCAAUGGCAUAAUAUACGUCAAACUGCAAAACCUUACGAUACUUUUACGUUUCUUUAUUGUAUUAUAAUGAUGUUAAUCGAUUCAGUCAUAUAUAUGUUAUUAACUGUUUAUAUUGAAAAUGUAUUUCCCGGUGAAUAUGGUAUUCCACAAGUAUGGUAUUAUCCUUUUACAAAGACUUAUUGGUUUGGUUUCGAUGCAAAAAAAAUUCGUCAACGUACAGAAGAAAUGGAAUCUCGAGUUAAUCAAAAUCAAAAUGUUGAAAAGAAUCUAGGCGAUAUUGGUGUUGAAAUAAAAAAUUUAUCGAAAUAUUAUGGAAAUAAAAUGGCAUUAAAGAAUUUAUCGAUAAAAUUUUAUCGUAAUAUGAUAACAGCAUUUCUUGGAAGAAAUGGAGCUGGAAAAAGUACAACAUGGUCAAUAUUAACUGGUUUAAUACCACCAUCAAGUGGUACAGCAUAUAUUGACGGUUAUGAUAUAUUAACAGAUAUAAAAAUUGUACGACAACGACUUGGUUUUGCUCCACAAUAUAAUAUAUUAUUUGAUUUAUUAACAGUUAAAGAACAUUUAGAAUUUUUUUCUGAAUUGAAAGGUUCACCACAUGAAUUAAUUCAAAGUGAAACAGAAAAAAUGUUAAAAGAUUUAGCAUUAGAAAAAAAAGCAGAAAGCUAUUCAACAGAAUUAUCUGGUGGCAUGAAAAGAAAACUUUCGAUUGCUAUUGCUUUUAUUGGAAAUUCAACAACAGUUAUUUUAGAUGAACCAACAGCAGGUGUUGAUCCAUUUGCUCGACGUGCAAUAUGGGAUCUUAUAUUAAAAUAUAAACCCGCACGAACAAUUGUUUUAUCAACACAUCAUCUUGAUGAAGCUGAUUUACUGAGUGAUCGUUUAGCAAUAAUUUCAUCGGGAGAAUUAAAAUGUGUUGGUACAACAAUGUAUUUAAAACAAAAAUACGGUGAAGGUUAUAAUUUAAUUAUUGAACUAGCAUCAACAUCAAAUGACAAUGAACAUAGACGACAACAACAACAACAACAAGAAAAUAAUGACAAUUCAACAACUAAUAAAAUUUCUUCUGUAAAUUCAAUACGUUUUUUAAAAUUAACUGAAUUUCUUCGAAAAUAUAUGUUUGAUAUUCAUAUAAAUGAAGAACAUGGUGAUCAAAUAACUUAUGUUAUAAAAGAUGAUGUUGAACAUACAAAAAUAUUUCCAAUAAUGCUUGCUGAUCUUGAUGAAAAUAAAACAAAAUAUCAUAUAAAAACGUAUGGUUUAUCAAAUAGUAGUCUUGAACAAGUAUUUCUUCGUGUUGCUGAUGAAAUAAAACGACCAGAAGAUUAUGAACGUUUAUCAACUUGGAAAAAUAUUCAAAAUCGUUUAAGAAAAUUAUUUAGAAAACAUGAAGAAGUAAUCAACCAAACAAAUGACAAUGAAAAUAAUGAUGAUCAAAUACAAAUGAACACACGAUUGAGUGACGAAUGGAGUCCAUAUACAGCUGACCGAUAUACAGGCAUACAUUAUAUUGCUAUACAAAUAAUGGGUUUAAUUAUAAAACGUUUUCAUCGAACAAAACGUAAUAGAAAAGGAUUUAUUGCUGAAAUUCUUCUUCCGAUCUUUUUUAUAUUACUGGCUAUGCUUGUUAUAAAAUUAUCACCAAAUGAAAAUGAACCACCAAUUCUUAUACUGCAUCCAUGGUACUGGAAUAAACCAAAUUAUAUAUUUCAAUCAUUAUCAAGCGAUGAUACUUCACUUAUAUCGGAAUCAAUUCAACAAACAUUCACUCAAUCACCAUCAUUAGGUACACGUUGUAUAAAAACGACACUGUUAAAUAAAAAUCUCUAUCCAUGUAUGAACAAAAAUCUUGAUCGUGUUUAUGCUUCAACAAAUGCGGAAGUAAUGAAUGCAUUAAAUAAUGUUAAUUAUAAUCAAACACGUAUAUCACCUGAAUGUGAUUGUUGGGAAAAAAUGCAAACAUGUCCAAUCGGUAGUGGUGGACCAGCAGCUAAUUAUGAUAUUACUCAAACAGGUGAUAUUUUAUAUGAUUUACAAGGAUUUAAUAUAACGGAUUGGUUAGUCAAAACUGAAUAUAAUAUUGAAUAUUUAAUGAAACGUUUUGGUGGUUUUGAAUUUCUAUCACAACCCAUAUCGAAUAGUUAUGAUAUUUUAAAUGAAACAUUAAUCAAUCGAAUAAUGAAUAUAACUGAUGGACGAAAUCAAUUAUUAUCUAUGCCUAAUGCAUCGAAAAUUCCUUCACUCUUUCAAAUUUUUCCACCACAAGUUUCGGUUUGGUAUAAUAAUAAAGGAUGGCCAUCAAGUGUAGCAUUUUUAAACAUAUUCAAUAAUGCUUUAUUAAGAGCUCUUCUUUUACAAGAUAAUUCAUCGAUCGAUAUUGAUGAUUAUGGUAUAACAGCAAUAAAUCAUCCAUUACCACCAACUGAACUUCAAAUAGAUAAUGAUUUACAGAGUCGUUCUGCAUUAGAAAUAUUUACAGCAAUAUGUAUUAUAUUUGCAUUAGCCUUUAUUCCAGCAAGUUUUCUUGUUUUUCUUAUUGAUGAACGUAUAACAACAUCGAAACAUUUACAAUUUGUUAGUGGUAUUAAAGGUAUAACUUAUUGGUGUGGAAAUUUUCUUUGGGAUUUAACAAAUUAUUGUGUAUCAAUAGCAUUUUGUAUAAUUAUAUUUCUUAUAUUUGAUAUUGAAGCCUAUGUAUAUAAAACAAAUUUUCCUUGUCUUCUAUUAUUAUUAUUUCUGUAUGGUUUUGCAAUAAUACCAUUAAUGUAUCCAAUAAGUUACUUUUUUAAAACACCAUCAACUGGUUUUAUACUUAUAUCAUGUAUUAAUAUAUUUAUUGGUUUAAUAACAACAAUAUCAACAUUUACAUUAGAAAAUUUUAAUGAUGACAUAGAUCUUAAACGUGUCAAUAAUAUUUUAAUGAAAUUAUUUCUUAUUUUUCCACAUUAUUGUCUUGGUCGAGGUUUAUUUGAUAUGAGUAGAACACAUGCAAUUAAUGUAUUUAGUCUAAAAUAUGUUCCUGGUUAUGUUCCAAUAUCACCAUUUCAAAUGAAUAUUGUUGGUCGAAAUUUAUUAGCAUUAUUUUUUGAAGGUAUCAUCUUUUUUCUAUUGGCUAUUCUUGCUCAAUAUCGGUUUUUUAUACCUGAUCGUGGUUGUGUUCGUACACCAAAAAAUUUAAAAUCACUUAAUGAAGAUGAUGAUGUUGCUGCUGAACGAGAAAGAAUUUAUUCUGAUCCUAAUAAUACAAGUUAUGAUGUUUUACGAAUGGUUAAUUUAGUAAAAGUUUAUGGAUGGAUAUUUGGUAAAAAUUUUACAGCUGUUAAACAAACAUGUGUUGGUGUUAAACAAGGUGAAUGUUUUGGUUUAUUAGGUAUAAAUGGUUCAGGAAAAUCAACAACAUUUAAAAUGCUUACUGGAGAAAUUUCAAUGACAGAUGGAAAUGCAUAUGUAAAUAAUUAUAGUGUUAUUAAACAAUUAGAUGAUGUUCGACAAAAUAUUGGUUAUUGUCCACAAUUUGAUGCACUUGAUUCAUUAUUAACAGCACGAGAACAUCUUUAUUUUUAUGCUCGAUUAUGUGGAAUUAAACAACAGAAUAUUCCAUUUAUUGCCGAUUGCUUAUUAAAACGACUUGGUCUUACGCUUUGGGCUGAUCGACCAGUGAAACAAUAUUCAGGUGGAAAUAAACGAAAACUAUCAACAGCUAUUUCACUUAUUGGAAAUCCAACAAUCAUAUUUAUGGAUGAACCAACAACAGGAAUGGAUAUACGUGCUAAACGUUUUCUAUGGAAUUGUAUAUUAAAAUUAACACGUCGAGAUAAAAAGUCAGUUGUGAUAACAUCACAUUCAAUGGAAGAAUGUGAAACGUUAUGCAAUCGACUUGUUAUUAUGGUUAAUGGAGAAUUUAAGUGUCUUGGGAGUGUACAACAUUUAAAAGAAAAAUUUGGUGAUGGCUAUACAAUAUUUAUUCGAACAAAUAUUGAUACAAAUAGAAAAACUGUUAUGAAUUAUAUUCAACAACAUAUACCAGAAGCUAUUAUUAAAGAAGAACAUAAUAAAAUGAUACAUUUUCGUGUAUCAACAAAUGUUUCAUUACAUAAAAUGUUUAGUGUAUUAGAACAAGCACGAAAUGAAUUACAAAAUCUUAUCGAAGAUUAUACUGUUACACAAGUAACACUUGAUGAUGUAUUUGUUAAUUUUGCUAAAAUACAAGAAGAUAAUCAAAUAUUAAAAAAAAGAAAUGAACAACAAAAUUCUUAUGAAUUAAUUCAUAGAAAAAGUAAUGUUAUUGGUAAGUUUAAUAAAUGUAAUAAGACAUGA